GCCAAUGGUCUUGUCAAUUGUCAUGUGAGUGAUACAUUAACCUCAAAUGUCAAUAUUUUUACAGUCUAUUUAUAAAUCUAUUUCGCACUUAAAAUGGUUUUCAAACGUUUAAUUAAUACAGGCAACAUCUACUUUAUGAGAAAUUAUUGCACUCCCAAAAGCGGCCAGCGAGUUCCUCCGCCAACACCAGAAAUUAUAGAAACUUUCAGCAGAAAUGGCGAUAACGGCACAUCUAAAACGCUCACAGGCGAAGUUUUACCAAAGGAUCACAAUAUUUUUCACGCAAUCGGCUCAACGGAGGAAUUACUAUCAUAUGUCGGAAUUGCAAGGGAACACGCUCAAGAAUGCGAACACGAAUAUUGUGACAAAUUGAAACGAAUUCAAACUGUGAUUAUAGACAUAAGUACUGCGAUUUCUAGAUGCGGCGAUAAAAACAAAAAACCGAUAUCGUCCACCUACACUAAAGAACUCGAGGAAUGGAUUCAUCACUAUUCAAAGCAGUUACCACCACCAGAGCGUUACAUUAUUCCGGGAGGUGGUAUCGCAGCUGCCUCCUUACAUGUGGCCAGAGCUAUUUGCCGCAAAACCGAACGUACCAUUGUUCCACUGGUACGAAAUGGUGGUUUAGAACAAGAAGCUCUAAUAUAUUUAAAUCGUCUCUCUGACUUCUUAUUUACUAUAUCAAGAAUAGCUGCCAAAGUAGAUAAACGAACUGAAAGCAUUUAUAUUCCUAAACCGGAUGAAAAAAUUCAAGCACAGUAAUAUUUUCUUUUUUAAGCCAUUCCCUACCCAAACUGUGUGCUAGAUCCCUUAGCUGUCUUAGUUUUUUUUUUGUUUUGAUCUUACAUUUCUAUCAUUUUUAGGGUCUUGUACGCUAGAGGAAUCUGAAGCCUCUGCAGACUUCCACUUGUUUCAUUUAUCCUAGUGAAAAUAUUUUCCAAAGUUGGUCAUUAUAAAAGCUAUCAUGGUACCUACAGAGCGUCGGUUGAUAAUAUUUGCAUGUUUGUAAUUCAAGUUAUCAAGUCCGACUAAUUAUACUAUUAUUAAGUAA